CUUGUCCGCGGCACCCUGGGAGGCCAAACUCUGUGCGACGCUCCCCUGAGUGCCAGGACAAGCUCCCCAGACAGGGAGGGCCAUGGGCUGGUGCCCUUCAUCUGCCUUUGGUGUUUGUCCGGUGUCUAAUGACUGAUCCCCUGCAUCCUUUGCCUGGUGAUCAGUUACCUGUGUGCCACCUCUAGUGUCCAGUGAUGGCAGACCGGUGCCUGGUACCAGCCUAUGAGGCCUGCCGGACCCUGGGUGAAGACAAGGGCCCAGCAGGACCAGUCUCAGAGCCGGAGCUCCAGGAGGAACAACUCAGGCUGGAAGAAGAGAGGCUCAAGCUAGAGGUGGAGUCGUUAGAGGAGAGAGGCCCCAGGCCCACGGCCUCCGUUGUAAGGACCAGUCACGGUCCGAAGAGGAAGCCUGUCAACCCCCUGUCCCCCAGCUUUCCAGGGCCCAGCCACCAAGCCCAUCCUAGGGUUGAAGUGGAGACGCCACAGGGCCUGCCGUUGCAGAAGGAGGAGCCAGAAAGUAGCCAGAGUGAGCCCUUACCAUCUGCCAAACAGCACAAAAAAGCCAAGAAGCGCAAGAGUCUGGGGGCUCCAGUGCUCCCAGCAAUGACCAGCACAGUGUCUGCACCUUCAGAGACGUUGGGGCUGGAGCGAAAGGCCCAGCGCCUGCGGCCCCUGUACCAGUACAUCAACUAUUGCAAUCCCGAGCUGAAUCAGGCAGGGGAGGGGGACAGGGAGGCUGAGGCAGAGCUGGAGCCUGAGUUGGAGCUGGCCCUGAUCCCCGAGGAAGCAGGUGUGGAGCAACUGCAGGCCUUGCUGCCCGUGGCAGGUGAGCUGGCCUCAGGCCUCACUUUGCCUUGCCGCAGUACAUUUGUGUCUUCCACCCAUGCUCUGGUUCCCCUGGGAGAGGAGGUUGGAGAGGAGCCCGGUUGUUUGCCCAGCUUGGGGGUCAGCAGCCGCCUCAAGGCUGAGGUGGAUAAAUCAACCCAGGUGGACAUCAACAAGAUGCUGAGUGUUUGCGCCGCCCCACUUGUACCUCCACUCUCCCCUCAGUACAAGUGACU